GAGAGAAAGAGACAGAGUAGAGAGAGAGAGAGAGGAGGUGAGAGCUCAGAGGCUGAGAUGGAGCCCCUGUUGGAGACUCCGUUCUCUCCGAUGCGGCUCUGCUGAACCCCGGGAGGAUCCGAACCGGGGAGCCGCGGGAUGGCCGAUCCUCUGCGGCGGACUCUGCUUGCCAAACUCCGGGGGAAGAAAGGCAAGAAGGGCUCGGUGGACUGGAGCGGUGAAGAAGCGGGUAGAGAGAAAGUUUGGCGCGCCGGGGACGCGCGCAGUCGGCGGGACCCGGAUGACGCGCUGAGAGGUAAGCAGGGCUGUGCGCGCGGGGGGUGCGAGCCGCGUGGGGGGUGCGAUCAGAGCGGCGGCCCGGGGGGGCAGGACGCACUGAGGCUUACAGGAGUCUCCGGGCCGAAGCAGGCGGUUCCGCGGAGACACACCGAGGGAGACUCCAUAGGGUUCGGAGACUGUAACGCGUCUCCCUUUGAUCCUGCCAUGGAUACUGUUACAAACCGAGGACCUGCUUUUAACCCCAACAUGAUCAAAGAGAAACACAGACCAGAACCUGGAGGGCCCAAGAUGGACCAUUCGGACCCCACCAGCCUUCUCCGGUACCUCCAUGUUCAUGAGCACGACUUGAUCCGGACUAUUGAGAGUUCUUUGGAGUUUUGUGAAGAUUUCAGCAUGCCUCCUCUGCAGAGCCCGACCUUCUUCCCCACGGAGCUGGAGAUAGUAGAUGCUGACCUGGCUCCACGCCUGGUGUGCGCAUCAGAGAGCAUGAAUCACAACAAUUCCACAGACAGCGAGGAUGAUGAUUAUUAUGAUAAUGAAAUCCUACCUUUUUACGAGUCCGGCUCCCAGAGCAAAGAGUCGAACAGCAGCGAAGGUCCGUGCAGAACCUCGCCGCGUCCUUUGCACCAGAUCGUUGACUCGAGCGCUCAGGAAACGGACAGACUCAGGAGCCAACUCAAAGAAGCGUAUUACCUUCUGAUAAACGCCAUGGAUGGCAUAGCUUUUGACGGGCAGGCCCAGCCGAAUGGCUACGUUGAGCAAAGCAGCAGCUCAAGCCAGUCUCGUGAUAGCCUGAGUGUGAGUUCUGAUUCUUCCACGAGGCUCUCCGGGUCCUCUGGAGAACAUGGCGGCCACCACUGGACCCUUCCGAGUACUGGAGAAAGCAGUGGUGCUAAACUUAGGAGUUUUCAGAGGAGCAAAAGUUUGCAGAACCUUCUCCUAACCCAAGCGAGGCCUCCUAAUCUGCAGCGGUCCAUAAGUGAUGGUGGUGUCCAGUAUCAUGUACAGGAAAACCAAAGUGGGCCAUGCUCUGAAAACUGUCCAGUUGAUACACCUUCGUUGGUAAACGGUGAACCCCUGGAUUUGGAGACUGCACCUACAGAAACCAUGGUUUCCAAACAAGCAGAAGAAGAGAACAGUGGCUGCGUUAGUCAGCCUGAGUCUUGUGAUGGAGUUCCUCCUGAAACAUCUGACCCAGCACAUGUACAGGAGAUGAAUCUCAGCAGGCAUAUCGGAACGAGUGCAGGAAAACCUCCUGGCGUGACCGUUAACAAGAUGCAGGAGUGGAUGCACAAGGGCCGGUUGCUUUCAUCAGAAAUGAGGCAGAGGAUUGCAGGAUCCUCUUCACAUGGAACGGCCCAGGAGCGCCACGGAAAUGAGGGCCAAGCCAGGACCAAAACCUUCAGCCAGGGCAGCGGCAUAAAUGGUGAAAAAACAGGAAUCGUAAACCCUCCAAGUGGGCAUCAGCCAGUCCCUGUUAUAAUCACUCGAGACUCCUGCACUCGUCCUGUUCCUCUAAACUCCAUCACGGUCUCCAAGAAGCGUAACUGGCUGAAUCAGACCUUGACGCGGCCCUCACCACCCUCUGACGAGGAUGACCACAACCACCCUCCACAAGCACGAACUCAGACUCAACCACACACUCACACACCCGAUGUGCCCACCGCCGACCCUGCUGAGGAGAACGAUGCGGACGAUGAGGGUGAGAUCUGGUACAACCCGAUUCCUGAGGACGAGGAGGUCGAGCUCCAUCAUGGCGAGCGUGGAGCAAGAGUGCGGAGAGGGACGAGUGGUGGGGAAGGGGGCAAAUCCUCUGCUACCUCCAAGGAUUUGGGGAACAUGAAUGCCAGUCAUUCCAGCGAGCAGAAACAUGUGUACAGACAGAUGUGCAAAUCACAGGAGGAGAAACUCACUGUACGGCCAACAGCUACAGAACCCCUCGAGCCAAGUGUAUUAGGCUUCUCUCCCCCCUCCAGUCCGAACCCAGCUAAGAAGAGCUGCUCGAUCAACUGGUCGUUCCCAGAGCGUAUCAAGUCUCCACGCACUGUUCGCAAACUUUCGAUAAAGAUGAAGAAGCUUCCCGAGCUCAGCAGGAAGCUUGGUGCAAAAGGGAAUCCAGCUAACGGACAGACGGAGACCAAGAACCACCUGCUUAGAGCCAAUGGUCCGGCCGAUCUGGGCUCAGGGAGCGUGUCCACAAGUGGCAACGUGAUCUGGCGGUAUCACUUGGACAGCAGUGUGUCCACACAGCAACAAAAAAAGAGCGGCGACUUAGGAGCUCCUAAAUCGGCAAUCAAGGGCGGGUACUUGAGCGAUGGGGACUCGCCAGAACUAGUCGCCAAAUCAGCAAAACACGGAUCUUCUUCCAAAUCUCAACAGAAACUGCAGGAAAAGGACACAAUUUUGAAUUCCGCCAUCUCAAAACUAGCUGACACAACUUCUUUCCGUCCUUAUAGUUUGCCAGAACAGACGAAGUGUGCGUCCUCACCACCAGUCUCAGGCUUGCUGAGUGUGCACUUGUGCGGCGCUGAGGGUCUAAAGACACCGCGGAGUGACGAAUCGCGCCACAUCUACUGCGCUAUUCAAGUCGACGAGGCAAAGCGAGCACGCACAGCACUGCUUCCCUGCCGCGCCGACUUUCUCGCCAUGGACCACACCUUCCAGCUGGAGCUGGAGGAAGCUCAGCGGCUCCGCCUCGUCCUUUUCGGUUGCGAGGCGACAGCGGCACCAACGAGGCAGCGAGUGUGCUGCCAUGGGGCGGUUGCUCUUGCGCCGCUCUUCAGGCCACCAAACGCCGCCCAUGCACAUCGGCUCGCCGUGCGCCUCGAGCCACGUGGGGUCAUCUACGUCAAACUAGGACUGAUGGAAAGGCGGCAGAGUUUAACGGAAGGGAACGACGUGGAUAAGGAACGUGAGAAGGAGGUUUUCGGAGUGGACGCGACACGAGUGGUGGAACGCGAAGCCACCGGGCUCAUGGUGCCGCUCAUCAUUGAGAAGUGCAUUGCCGAGAUUGAAAGGAGAGGAUGCCAGGUGGUGGGAUUGUAUCGCUUGUGCGGUUCGGCCGCCGUCAAAAAGGAGCUGAGGGAGGCGUUCGAGAGGGACAGCCACGCUGUAGAGCUGUCGGAGAGCAACUACCCUGACAUCAACGUCAUCACAGGUGUUCUUAAGGACUAUCUAAGGGAGCUGCCUAAUCCUCUCAUCUCUAAGCCUCUGUACGAGGCGGUGCUAGACACGAUGUCCAAGCGGCCGCUGAUUAUCGGAAACGCCGUCUGUGAGAACGACGCAGCCGACUCGGAGCACGCUGCUGGUUUGCUCGAGACGCUACCCGAGGUUGAAAAGAUGACUUUGAGGAAACUUCUGGACCACUUGAAGCGUGUCGCGUCCCACCACGACGUGAACAAGAUGACGUGUCAGAACCUGGCCGUGUGUUUUGGACCGGUGCUGCUCAGUCAGAGACAGGACGCUUCGGGUCUGGCUAACCGGGUCUUCAUGGACUCGGAGGAGCUAGCCAGCGCCCUGCAUUUUAAAAAGCACAUCGAGGUUCUGCACUACCUCCUGCAGCUGUGGCCAGUCCAGAGCAAAUCCUCGUCUUCUGCCCCAGGCCCCCCUGCCCCGGUGAGGAGAAGAAAAGAGCGCCCUAAGGUGUUAAACCUGAGCAAUGCUGAGCUAGCGGGAGUUCUGCGCCCCCGUCCUGGACGCCUGGACAGUCCGAGCAAUCGUUACGCCGGGGACUGGAGCGACUGCAAGGAGACAUACCUCCAUCAGACUUCCCCGGAGGAGGAAGAGGAAGCUGACUAUGCUGACGUCCCGGGCGAAGAAGAGAAGGACGAAGGCAAGGACAAAGAACGAACAGAAGUGGAUGGUGAACUGCUAGAAAGUGGAAAAGAUGUGCACAUUGAUUGGGAAAAAGAGGAACAGAGUGGCGAGAAGGAAGACAUUGUUGGUGAAAUCAAGGAUGUGUCGUUACUACAGACGUACAAUCGGAUGCUUGUGGAGAGAGAUGAGCACCGAGACCAAGAGCACACAUAUCAGGCAUUCAUGAAGAUCCAGGAGAUCAACCCGGUCCUGAGCAACAGGGUGAACUUGCGGGAUCUUCAGGAGAGCAUCGAUGCGCUCAUCGGUAACCUGGAGCGAGAGCUGAAUAAGAACAAGCUCAACGUCGGAUACUGAAAUACCAAAAGAUUAAACUUUACGGAUAGUCCGGUACUCUCAGAAAACGCACUUUUUAUCAACUCACCAAAACUGUGGACUUUACAGACAUUCCUUAAGUUCAAAUCUCUCACGAGGUCUCAGGGGUUUCUUCUCGGGUUCCUCGUCGUUCGUGUUUUUUUUUUUUUUUUCUUUUUCACUUUCAUGGUCGCUGUGAUUGUUUUCUUCUUAUUAGAAGAACCCAUUGAACCCUAAGGGGUGAGCCAGGCGCCUUAAUUGUGUCAAGGUGAUACUUAAGGCUGUAAGGAGAAUUAUUUUGUAUUAUUUCUAUUGAGGUACAGAAGAACGGUGUGAACCCAUGCACUUACAAAGCUAGCGUUCAGAGGCGGGGAUGGGGUGGGGUUCAAGUCAUCCAUACACACUUGGAGUCGUUGGUUAUGCUAAAACCUAAAAACAGGCUUAUUUCACAUUCGCCCAGGUAAUCGAUAAAAUGUUAGCAGCUAAUCUUUUAAUAUAACUAUUUAAAAAGUAAUUAUAUAUCGGUUCUAACGUGUCCAAUAUUUUCGCUUGACUACUUUUACUCAGCUUGCUAGCUCUGAGCUUGGCGAGCUUAGCUAUGUAUCUCUCCGGAAGGAGCUACAGGACGUACAUAGCGGAGUUCCCUCAAGGUUUCUAACAUGCUAAAAUAUAAACUAGCUUAUCUUAGCUAGCUGUUUUUAAGGUUGUUGUGUAAAUAAUACCACAAGCAAGUUCUCUAGCAAGCCGGCUAAUAUCAGCGGAUUGUUAUUCCUGCUAUAUAUCCUGCGAAUAUACUGUACCUUUAAAUCUAAUAAUAACGAGAGUGUGUUAUUAAGCUAAUUUUGCUAAUAUUAUUUAAAACUAGCAUGUAGAACGUAUUAGAGAAGAAUCAAACAGGUAUUGAAGCUUAAUUUAUCAUUACCUCCGCUCUGCUGGUUAUAUCUCACAUCACGUUGGGAAAAUGAACACAGCUGGUCAUGUGUUUGCUAACGACAGGUACGUGUGAAACGCAUUUUCUCCGCAGUCCAGGGAAGCUUUUUUUUUUGCUUUUUAUUGUCAGUAUUUAUCAGGUACGAGUGUAAAUAUAUAUAUAUAUAUAUAUUAUGUUUUUUGACAGCUUGCGUUUCCGUGUGUGUGUUUGUUUGUAUUUAAACAUUUCUCAGCUGCCUUGUAGCAUUCGGGAUAAAAAAUAAUAAUAAAUGUACAGUAUAUAUCUAUAUAUGGGAAUUAUUAUUUUUUGCUUGUGCAGGACGAAUCAAAGCUGUAGGUUACAAGAAGAAAAAGCAGAAGGAGCGUAAGGUUUUUGAGCGUGUGCUAGUUCCGUGAAUGCCGCAUGGUCAAACGCUUUACACUCUUGAAUACGCAUGCGUCUUCUUCGUUCAUCUGUAUUUAUGUGUGUAAAUAGAGAUUAUUAUAAAGACACUCACAUGAUGGUUUGGUUGUGCUUUUUUUCCCUUUACUUUUCCGUUUGGCAGCUGCUCAUACAGUUGUGAAUUAAUUUCUUUGUGAACAUUUCUCGACGCUAAUAUGAAAACGAAUGCCGCGUGAUCAUGCGUAAUAGCCAUUUGCGAAAGAGUUUGAGAAUUUCAUAUCGUAGCAAUAAAAAAAAAAGGGUCAAAGUUGAUGUUAAUGAUUUGUGCGGUCGCUCUCGUGUCUCUUUAAGAAUUUUAGGAUCUCAUGUCGAGUCGAUUUGCUCAAACUCGUGCAACACGAGUGUAAACGCAGGAUCAGAUUAAACUGGUUUUCUUUUAUAUCUCCGGCUUCAUUGCUUUUUCUCAUUUCUGAAAUUGUAUUUUUCAAACAAUAGUUAAAUACUCAGUCUGCGCUCUUAAGCUCAACAGAUUUUUUUUCAAAUUCUUGAAAAUCGCACCGUACCGUUUUGUGUCAGGCGGAUUACUGUGAUCAGGGUUAUAUUUUUUGGUUGGUAGUUCUGUCCUCUAUUGUACAGAGGAUGAAUUCAGAACUGAACCUGGGUCAGGUAUUAAGGAUUCACUCACAUACACACACAUGGCCGGAUAAAGGGUUCUGGAUUUAUUGUACAGUGUGAACUGCUCGUUUUAUUGUAAAAACAUUCCCUAAGUUGUUUUGGUUUCACCUUGAAAAAGUUGUAAGAAUGCUUAUUGUGUGUGUGUGUGUGUGUGUGUGUGUGUGUGUGCGCGCAUAUGUGUUAUUUUUGUUUAAACUCAUUGGGCAGCCCUAAUACUAUAAUAAAGUCACUAAAUCAAAUAUACUUUGUACUGAUA